AUGUCUUCCACGACUGAACUGCGUGCGCAAAUUGAUGCGUUGGCGCAGGAGAUUACGCGAGUAAAGAAAGAAAAGGGCGCCGCCAGUGAAGAGUGCAAGGCGCUCGUUGCUCAAAUGGCAAAACUCCGCCAGUCACUCCCACAGGACGACGCAAAGAAGAAGAAGAAUAACGCGGAAAACAAUGAUAAUAACAAGAAUAAUAAAAAGACAGCGGAACCAAGUUAUUUUGAGUCUCGAUUGGCGAUGGUGAAUUCCAUGGGACUUCUCGGUGCUGCCUAUCCACACAAGUUUCAUCGUGACUACACCAUUCCCGCAUUUAAAGCCAAAUUCGCACCAAAACUACACGAGAAUGGAGAAAGAUGCACAGAAGUGGUAACGAUUGCGGGUCGUAUUAUCAACAAACGCAGUUCCGGCUCUAAACUGCACUUUAUCACUUUACAAGGCGAUAUGGAGGUGGUGCAGGUCAUUUCCACUAUGGGAGACUAUGUGAAUGAUGGAUUUGCCGAUAUUCAUGCAAAGAUUAAGCGUGGAGAUAUUAUUGGUGUGAAGGGUGUGGCUUCACUUUCCAAGACAGGUGAGUUUUCCAUGAGUGCGAUGGAGAUUACAUUACUCUCCACCUGUUUCCACAUGUUACCAGAUGACUGGUAUGGUUUAAGUUCCGUGGAACAGCGUUUCCGUCAACGUUAUUUGGAUCUUAUUGUCAAUCGUGAAAAUGCGAAUGUUUUUAUUCUUCGUUCUAAAAUUAUAAAAUACAUUCGAAAGUUCUUUGAUGAUUUGGAUUUUCUUGAGGUGGAAACACCAACGUUAAAUCUCAUUGCUGGAGGUGCCGCCGCUCGUCCGUUUAUUACCCAUCACAAUGAACUCAAUCAGAAGAUGUAUCUCCGUAUUGCUCCUGAGUUGUACUUGAAGGAACUUGUGGUGGGAGGACUGGACAGAGUGUAUGAACUUGGCAAACAAUUCCGAAAUGAGGGAAUUGAUCUCACACACAACCCUGAGUUUACCAGCAUUGAGGCCUAUUGGGCAUACAUGGAUUAUAAUGAUUGGAUGAAUACAACGGAGGAACUUCUCUAUGGUCUCGCUAUGCAUAUUCACGGUUCUCCCCUCGUCAAGUACGCCCCACGGGACUCCGAAGGCAAUAAACUCCCAGAAGUGGUAUUUAACUUCAACAAACCCUUUAAACGUCUUCAUAUUGUCCCGGAGUUGGAAAAACGAUUGAAUGUUAAGUUCCCCGCAGAAUUUGAAAGUGCUGAAGCCAACACCUUCUUCAUGGACCUCUGUAAAAAGCAUAAGGUGGAAUGUAAUCCUCCUUUUACCACCACACGCCUGUUGGAUGCCCUCAUCGCACAUUAUCUUGAACCCGAAUGUCAUGAUCCGACAUUUGUGUGUGAUCAUCCACGCAUUAUGUCUCCACUUGCCAAAUGGCACCGUAAUGAUCCUCGUCUAACUGAACGCUUUGAACUGUUUAUUAACAAGAAGGAAAUCUGUAAUGCCUACACAGAGCUCAACAAUCCCAUUGUGCAACGGGAGGAGUUUAAGAAACAACUUAGAGAUCGUGAAAAGGGUGAUGAUGAGGCUAUGGAUAUUGAUGAGAGUUUUAUUCAAGCGCUUGAACAUGCACUUCCUCCAACAGGUGGUUGGGGUAUGGGCGUUGACCGUCUCGUGAUGUAUCUCACCAGUCAGUCAAACAUCAAGGAAGUACUCCUCUUCCCAGCAAUGAAGCCUGAAACUGCAAGUUCCCUUUCCUAUCCUCCGGGAACAUUACUGAAUGGACAGGGAGUACCGUUGCUUCAUUAA